AUGAUCCAACAACCCAACAAAUUAACAACAAAAUCAGACUCUAAUGCUAGCAAGGUUGACAAAUUGCGGCGAGUCUUGGGCUCAGACUCCACUGAGGGUUGGGACAAAUGUUGGGAACAAGGAUUGACGCCUUGGGAUUUGGGGCAGCCCACCCCAGUUCUCGUGCAUCUUUGCAACACCACUGCUCUUCCAAAGGGCAGGGCUCUCGUUCCUGGUUGUGGUAGUGGUUACGACGUGAUGGCAAUUGCAUGCCGUGAACGCUAUGUUGUAGGUGUGGACAUAUCAGAUAAUGCCAUACAGAAAGCCAAAGAGUUGUCUUCUAGGUCUCCAAAUGCAGAUCAUUUCACAUUCUUAAAGACUGAUUUUUUCACUUGGAAACCAGCUGAGUUGUUUGAUCUCAUUUUUGACUACACGUUCUUUUGUGCCAUCGAACCAGAUCUGAGAUCAGUUUGGGCUGACAAAAUUCGAGAAUUGUUAAAACCAGAUGGGGAGCUUAUAACACUAAUAUAUCCGAUUGAUAAUCAUGAGGGUGGGCCUCCAUACAGAGUAUCAGUUCCCGACUAUGAAGAAGUGCUCCAUCCUGUUGGGUUCAAAGCAAUAUCUAUUGUGGAAAAUCACAUGGCUAUUGCACCUCGUAGGGGACGAGAGAAGCUGGGGAGAUGGAAAAGGUUCGUUGGCAAGUCCUUGAUGUGA